UCAUCUGCUUAUUUGAUCUUUUUUUCAGUGCCAUCCUAUGUUUAAUUCUGAUAUCCAAGCAGAUAUUAUUACCAGUGACUGUACUCUGUACCCUACAGGUGGCCUUCUGUACCAAGGAAGUUAGCAGCCAUGCAACCUCACUGUUAGCAAGUCUGAGCCUCCAAAGAGAACAAGCUCAGUUCUGUGACUGUGUGGUCAGACAAAGACAGAAUCCAGGUCGGCUCUACCCUGCGCACAGGUGUGUCCUGGCAGCUUCGAGUCCAGUGUUGGCAUCUAUCUUGUCCUCGACUGGUGCUCUGGUGGAACUGCAGGCUCCAUGUCUGUCCAACUCUAUACUGGAACUUCUUUUGGACUACAUUUACACAGGGGUUUUGCCAUACACUUGUAACCAGCAAAAAUAUUCCAAUCUGCUCACUGUCGCCUGUUACCUGCAGAUGGAUGAACUGCAGGAGGCUCUGGAGGCUUGUCAGCAAACUGAGGUGAAUGAUACAGAUGAAACAAAAGCUUCCCCUGGAGCUGAGAAGGAGGGAGCAUCAACAUGCAACAUACAUUGUGCAAACCACUGUAGUAGAGAAGAUGAAAGUGCUUUAAGCAAUGCAACUGUCUGUUGUGGAAUAUCUGACAGCACUGUCAAUACAGUUAAUUGCAUAUCUAGAGUCGAUAAAGAGGGGCAAAAGGAUAUGGUUCACUCAGCUAGCGCCAUAGAAAUACAACCUUGGCAGAAGAGCAAAGGAAGGGAGCUUGUGGAGGACAGGGGAAGCUUGUGUUUACCCCCCACUGAUGAGGUGCAAGAGGAAGAGAGGACCAGAGUGGAAAAUGUGCAGCAACUGUGUCCGACAGUGAGAAAUAAAGCAGAGGAGGAGAAAACUAACAGAAAAGAGGAAGACAAAACUCAAAACAACCACUCAGCCUCCCUCCCUCAUGCCUUUAUAUCCCAAAAGGACAGUGGUUCUCCCUCACAAUGCUCCCCCUUGUCCUUAUCAUCAUCCUAUCUGUGCUGUGGGGCGGUGCCUGUCAUCCGUCACAGCAGUAGAGCAGCUAUGCUCCAGGUGGAAGAAGUGUCUACAAUGGCUCCUUACCACCCAGUAUACCAGGCCUCAGCCAGCUCCUGCAGCAGGGACCCUGUCUCACGAUCAGCAAGCACAGACAAUGACAGCAUUGUUGAAGGUAUUACCACUAAACACAAAAAUCACUAUGGGAAACAGAAAUUGGAUUACAGAAACAAUAAAGACCACUUUGCACCACAGAGUUUGGAUUUCAAGGACAGUUCAGAUCAAUGUACAAUACAGGAUUUAUGCAAAUCCAGUACAGGACAAUCUGAUGUGCUAAAAGAGGAUUACAACUGCAGCAAUACAGAUCAUUGUAUUACACAAAGUGAUGAACAUAUGGGCAAUGGAUUAUCCCAUGUUACAGAUCGUACUGAUCACCAUGUCCAGAGUGAUAAUAACAAAAAGCAUCAUAGGGAUGAUUCAGUGCUACGUAGUUGUGAUGAUUUUCCCUCCAAACUCCAGCAACUGGAAUGUACUUAUAGCCAUGAUGUCUCAUUGGUGACUGCAGCAAAGAAGCGGCCCAUUCACUCUCAGAAUCUAAGAACUUUAGUUCCACUACCUGGAGAGGACUCAAACACAGGAAAUGACCCUCUCUUUGAGGAUUUCUCUCCCAAGGGAGAAGCAAAAGAGGAACACAGUUACUCUAGCUGGUGUACAGAUGAAAUAGAUGGACAGGACAGCAACUGUAAACAACAUGAACAUGACUCAGACAACAGAGACAUGGCUAUGACAGAUAAAAGACUCAUUGCAGAUGUGUGUCUGCCUGCCUCUGCCUCACCAGUAACACAUUGGGAUAAUGCCUCAGAACGCCACACUUCCCGGGCAUUGGAAAAUAAUUCAGACACUGAGAUUGCAGAGCCAGGCACAGUUUUUUCAAAGCCUACAGACAGCAACAUGUUCGACCCUACAUAUAGUGCUGUUGGGCCGUCAUACCAUGGACAUCUUCAUUAUCACUGCCUGUCUCAGAAGGACACAUAUUUCAAACCCACAGACUCUGAUAACAACCACUGCAACCCCAGUCACCCUGUCCAUUUCAGUCGUGAUCAUUCAGAACAGUCCAGUGAUGAGGGUGAGGGUGGUACCUUUUCCAGUCCAGGUCACAGUCCUCUGAGGAAGCAUUUUGCCACAGGGGCUACAGACCAGGUUCUACUGCUGGACAUAAGCACCAAAUCUCCAGAGUUGCUAGUGUCAUACAAACGCAGACUUGAGGAAGGAGAGAAAGCGGUUGGCAAACAAGACACAUAUGGGGCUGAGAUUGUAAACAAUGAUGUAGCGCAACGGAGUGAAGACACUUUUGAUGAGCCUAAGACAAAAUUAUGGGUAAGAGAGAUAAAUGAUAAGGAAAACAAAUUGUUUGGUAAAGACCAAAGCAGGCCAGGAGUUGAGCUUAUACAUAAAGCUGGCUCUUUGGAUGUGGAGCAGGUAUCCAGGUCUAGAGAGGGUGAAAAAACAAGUAGUACCUUGACAGUCUGCACACCUCGUAGUGUGCCAGACCCUGUGCAAGCCUCGAUGUCAUCUACCUUGUCCAUCUGCAUACCUUCUACUCUUUCAGCCAGCACACCAACAAAUAUAUCAGCUCAUCUGUCAACUCCUGUUCACCACCCUUUCCAGUGCUCUCUGUGUGAGCGUUCCUUCAGCCAGCGAGGCUCUCUGAAUAGACAUGUGCGGAGCCAUCUUGGCGUACGGCCCUUCCCCUGCCCCCGUUGCCCUAUGACCUUUUCACGGCAAUACCGUGUCACAGAGCACAUGCGUGUUCAUGAGCGGUGUGCUCCUGGGAAUGACUUUCAAAAGCACCCUGCCUCUUGA